AUGCCUUCAGAGAUAGACCUGCUCCAGCGGGGCCUUGCCCGCAGCCACAGUCUCUUCAGAAUGCUCCACUCCCUGCGCUACUUCUAUGUUGCGGUGUCGGAGCCAGGCCCGGGGCUUCCCCAGUUCGUAAUCUUGGGGUACUUGGAUGGGAACCCCUUUAUGCGCUACGACAGCGAGACGGGGAAGGUGGAGCCCCAGGCAGCCUGGAUGGCGACCAGCGUGGAUCAGCAGUACUGGGACACCGAGACCCGGAACUUUCAGAGCCAUCACCAGCUUUACCGCGUGAACCUGGAUAUAUUGCGGGCCCGCUACAACCAGAGCAGGGGGGCUCACACGCUGCAGCGCGUGUAUGGCUGUGACCUCCUGGAGGACGGUAGCACCAGGGGGUAUUGGCAGAUGGGCUACGACGGGAGGGACUUCAUCGCCUUCGACAUGGACACGAUGACGUUUACUGCGGCCGACGCGGUGCCACAAAUAAUCAAGCAGGAGUGCAAGGAGGACGGGACUGAAGCUGAGCGGAAGAAGCAUUACCUGCAGAACACCUGCAUCGAGUGGCUGAGGAAAUACGUGAGCUACGGGCGGGCCGUGCUGGAGAGGAAAGAGCCCCCCACGGUGCGAGUGUCGGGGCAGGGGGGCCACGGGGUCCUGACCUGCACGGACGGGGGGUCUGGUGGCUCAGCCGCAGGGAUCACCGCCUAA